AUGAAUCACCUUUAUAAUCAGAUAGUGUUAUUCGGAGAUUCGAUUACUCAGACAAGCUUCAGCUCUCAAAAUAAAGGAUGGGGUGCAGGGCUUUCACAGGCUUACGUGAGAAAGUUGGACGUCUACAAUAGAGGGUUUUCAGGUUACAAUACCGAAUGGGCAAAAGAAUUGUUAACUCAAUUACUUCCCAAUCAUGAUUCCAAGGAACAAUCGCAAAACUCAGAUAGAGCCAAGAUAGUUUUGGUCACAAUCUUCUUUGGUGCCAACGAUGCCGCCCUUAAACCUUAUAAGCAACACAUUGACCUUGACAAGUAUAAAGAAAACCUGACUCAAAUGGUUAACAUGGUAAAGAAAUCAAAUUCCGAGUCACCACCUCGAGUGAUACUCAUUACUCCCCCACCUCUUGAUGAAGAAGCGUGGCGGAAUACCCGAGGAAUGGAAAUAGAUAGGAAAUCCGAAGUUACUCAUCAAUAUGCAUUAGCCUGUCUGCAGGUAGCGCAAGAGUUGAACGUGCCGGUGGUCAAUUUGUGGAAUUUGAUUAUGGACUUGGUAGAAGGAAAUUCCGGAUUUACUUUGAAAGAUUAUUUGAGUGACGGACUACAUCUAAGCUCCCUCGGAAAUGAGGAAAGUGUGAAUAACACUCUUUUUAAAGAAUUAAUGGAGGUUAUUAUUGCUAAUUGGCCAGAGUUGGAUCCAGAAAAACUUCCAAUGAUUCAACCUGUUUGGAGUGAUGUCGAUCCUGAAAACGGCAGUGAGAUUUUCAAGUUUGACGAUGAAUUCAUUUGUAACCGAUUUAAAUAA